GCGCAUCUACCUAGCGAUGCGGUCACUGGGAACGCAUGCGGGUGACGUGUUAGUCAGUCCGUUCGUGGUGCGUAAUACGGCCUGGGGGCCUUGCGGAUCAAGAGACGGAGCGAUGUGUCGGUCGCAUGGGUUCAGAAGUACGGAUAGUUGAUUUGAACGCGGCAACGAUAAGAGAGCGCGUUGAAAGUGGUUGUGAUGAGACAAUAAGAUUAUUAGGUUCUAGCAUACGUGUAAAAAUGACACUGCCUAUUGCAUUGCGCAGUAGUGAAAGGCUACAGGAGGGGGCAGAGUCGUCUAUAAUCCAUCGCAGUAGAAUUAUCUGAAUCUAUAGGCCUAUCUAAACUCGGAGUUGUAAGCGUAUUUAGAAUUAGUUCUCUCCUACUAGGACUGAGAUUGAGGAUUUUGAGGAUCCAAGGCAUCAGGAUGAUUAAUGCUUCUAUCGAGAAUAUACAGCUACAAUCAGAACAUGAACGUGAUGCAGACGAAGUGUUACGUAGACACGGUAAGCUGACUGACGGACGUAGACGGAACACGGACCUGACAGUUCUGCUUGUUGGUGCCUCAACCGUCAAUCCGCCUUAUGUACAUGCGGCACGAGUCGUUGAUGGACCACGGUGUUACAUCAAUACCUACAUGUCUGAUAAUUGGUGUGUUCAUCGAAUACCUCGACAUGAUAAGUUUGCUCCUUUGACGGGCCUUACAGUGAGAGAGACGCGUAAUCGCAUGGUAACCUGUUGCCCGCGCACCAUGGUCGGUUUGGUGUGUGGUACGGACGCUAUUUUGUGCGAUCACCCUUUUCGGACAGCGAACAUGCACAGUUUGUACUCGUUGCGUGGCAUUAACGCGAAUACCCGGACACCGGUCCGUUCUAGAGCGGCAGAACAAUGCGGCAAACUGUCAGCAUACUGGACAAUGGAAAUUCCAGUCAAUACCGCAGACCACCACUGUACAGUAAACGAACUCGCAUCAAAUGGCUCGGGGUACAGGUAUGGUUGUAAAGGUUUGUCAUUUGCCCUCUGAAACUUGUGCCUGGAGCUGAAUCCCUGGUAUAUCUCAACUUAAUGGUAUCGCUUGGACGGAUUUCAUCAAUGAAAGUAGAUUCGACUGGAAGACAACAAUGGUUGACAAUAAUGUUCGAU